AGGCUUGGCUCGCAGCGGAGGCAAAGUGAGGGUGACAGGUCAAACUACUUGCCACUUGCCAGAUUUCCAGCGCGGCAAAUCGCCCUUUGCCUCCAGACCCUUCGCUGCAUUUUGAGAUGGCGCUCGGCCUGCGACUCGCUCUUCUUCCAAGCUGCGUCCUGUUGUCAUGGGCUGGCUGUGCCGUUCCGGAGGACUGCGGGCCUUCCGCGGGCUCGAAGCUGCGCGGCAGGCCGAACGUCACGGAGUCCCACUUUGGCAACUCCACAAGGUCUCGACUCAAGGCCAGGUCCCACAGGCUCCGGAAGGCAUACACGCUCAUCAAGCGCUUUGACUUUGGAGGCGAUGUGAAGCGCGAGUUCGACGUGGUGCAGAUCCCGGACCAGAACAUGACCCAUUCCUGUGCCAACUACGUGGAUGAUGGGUCAACGGCCUUCACCAGCAAUGGCCGGCUGCAUUUGAAGGUGUCCUCAGCUUGCACGGACAGCAGGUGCUUGAAUUCAGGAAGAGUGAUGAGCAGAGAUGCCUUCACCUACGGAAUCUUCACCUUCUCUGCCAAAGUGCCCAAGUGCAACAGCGUGUGGCCUGCGCUGUGGCUGCUGCCAGAGAGCUCCAAGGGCAAUGGCAAGUACGGGCCGUGGCCCUGCAGCGGCGAGAUCGACGUGCUGGAGACGGUCCAUGGCGAUCCCCAUGGAGCUUUCAAUCUCGUCGGGGGCCGAGGGCUACGUCUUUGCGUCUUUGUACCGCGCGGUUGGCGCCAAGAGUGGCCGGGUUCGGCUCCUAUGGCGGCUGCUUCGACCCCAACGCCAUCAGCUGCAACAGCUGCGCGGCCCCGGCGUACUGCACCUCCACCACGCUGGCGAACGCUGAGGCGUCCCAUCUCAUGGUGGAGGAGGUCAACUGCGCCGCGGGGCAGAACUCUUGGGACGAGCACCUCUUCGUGCUGCUGUGGGAGAAGGAUGCGCUCACGACCUAUGUGGACCCCACGCUGUCCUAUGAUGCCGCCGGCAAAAUGGUGGGAGUCCAGGCAAAGGUUCGCCCAGACGGCCAGCCGACGGUGAAGACCUACUACCGCUACACCACCCCGACUUGGAAGGCGGUUGAGGCUUACAUGCACAAGUGCUACCCUGGCCGGCACGAGCCAGACGCGCCCUUUGAUAUUCCCAUGAAGAUCGUGCUGAACAUCGCGGUGGGGGGAUACGGUGGCGCGCCCUGCUUCUGGGGCUCUCACUCCUGUGUGAACCAAUGCGGCGGUGCGAUUGGCUCUCAGCUGAUCUUGUCUGACAUUAGCGUCUGGCAGUGAGCCCGCGGUGAGGCGGUGAGCCUAGGAUUGGCCCAAAAUUGUUAGGCUGGGGUGAGGGCGCCUCGGAUUUAUGGGUGAAGUUUUGAAGGCGUGGCAGGACUUGGAAUCUUGUUCCUGUCACGUGGCUGCCGGUUGCCACCAACAAGGCAAGCUCAAGCCAAUUUUAAUUCGCUGGCAAUGCAUCCAGCAUGAAUUCGCCUGCUUUUGUAGCAACGCUUCGUUGCCAGUGCCUAGUCAGCUCGAGGCAGCUGCACUUUUCGCUUAGGAGUUUUGGGGGGCCGGCAUGAUCCUGAUACAGUCUUGUGGCACACC